UAGAGGUUUGGUGAUAUACGAAAGAGCGCUGUGGUUUUCCUGUCAAUUUUGGAAGAUGGUCCAAGUCCUGCGGCCAACACUCCGUUGCAAAGCUCGAGAAGCGUUAGAAACUACUACAGCAGGUGAGGCUGCAGCAUUCUGCCAUCCUCUUCAGUACUCCACUCCAGUGCAUCGGUGUCUAGAACCUGUUUGCCAGCGACUCAGGAGCAAUAAUUCUUCGUUCGCCAGAGGUGCUCUUGGAAGCGACGUCGAGAGCUUCAAAGCAGCUUGUGCCUCUGAAUAGGACUGCUUCUUGGCAAGUAGGUAAAUCGCAGCUGGAUAAUGUUGAUGACAGACGAGAGUAUGGCGCUUGAGGAAGUGAGGAAAGAAUGUAAGGAGACAGAUGAUUGCAGCGACAGCAUGAACCAGUCAAGCCGAGAAGGUGACGAACCAGAGGCAAGCUUAGAGGAGUCUACCGAUCAGGCGAACGUCUGGGCGCAGCAACUUUUCGAAUCGCAGUACUUAGAUUUGAGCGGCGCUUCUCCAAGAGGAUUGAUGUCCCCCAAAUUUUCUGAGAUGGGAGGAUUCGCUGACCUUGGGACUCUAUGUGCGUCGCCCUUGUUUUCCGAUCAGUUGAAGUUUCUCCAGAGCUGGAGUCCCAAAGUAAUCCCCAACACUGUAUCCGCUUGGGGUUCCGGGGGAAAAACUGCCUCCACCUCUGAGAUCGUUUCGACAUCUGAAAAGAGCGCGGAGAGCGACCCAUCUAGCAGUGAUUUUAUGAUUACCAGUGACUCUACUGGCACUGGCUCUGGAGAUGAGGCCAAGACGACCCGCAAGAGGAAAUCGGUGGAGCGUGACGAAGGAAUCGAUGGUUCCGACGGCGAUGACGUAGUGAAGGAGCAAGAAACGAGCAAUUCAUCCAGAUCAAUGGAGCAAGGGCAGAAAAUGAAGGGACCCAAAAGGCCGCGGGAGCCAAGAUACGAAUUCAAAACGAGAUCCGAAGUGGAUGUAAUAGACGAUGGUUACAAAUGGCGCAAGUAUGGUCAGAAGCCCGUGAAGAGCAGCCCACAUCCCAGGAACUAUUACCGGUGUACAACUGCAAAUUGUCCCGUCCGAAAACGGGUGGAGCGGUCCAUUGAGGAUCCUGGCCUCAUUGUCACUAGCUACGAAGGAACACAUACCCAUCCCAAAAUCAACCGCCCGAAGAAUUCCUCUGGAGUAGGCUGGACUUCUAACGAAUUUGAGGGCCCACAAGAUCUCUGGAGCCAGGUGCAAAAUGGAAUACCUGCGACGACUUCAGGUCUACCAGAUCUUGGACCACAUCAGGACAAUUUGGCCCACCUUCCAAAUCUCGGCAAUUUAUUUUCAGCUUGGCCAACGCUUCCAUUCAAUCUUGCCCAACCACCUCCUAGGCUGCAGGACAACGUGAGCAUGAUCAUGGCAUAUCAACUCGUGAGAUUACAAUUUGAAUUGCAGGCUAGGAUUCAGCAGUUCAUGAGUUACAAUGCAGCUCAGCAGGGCCUUGCGGGAGGACUUUCGAAGAAUCCGUUCACCAACAACCCACAAGGUCUUCCCCAGUUCCCUCUGCCAGACCUUUCAAGGUUAUUGCAGAAUUACGCCGACCUGGCUGCUGAACCAAAACAAGUUCCAACUCCAGAACCCCUUAAUCCAAGCAGCCUCCUUUCUAGACGCCUGAAUGCAGCAAGGCUCAGAACAAGCUCCCUGAAUCCAAAUACGCAAAAACCUAAUACGCUAAGAAAUUUGGCCACGCAACAAUCCAUGGAAGGACCUCAAGAUGCAGGUCCAGAUCUCAAGCGGAAACUUUCUGGUCCUGGUCUACCCCCCCGGCCAUCCCGGAGUUCGUAACAGUUACGGUGCUUAGUCUUCAAAUUAGACGAGUUAGGAGCAGCAGAGGAUUGUACAUAAUUCUUUUUCAAUCAUAAUGAAAAAAAAAGAAAAAAAGAAGCAAAAUUUUCAAAGAAAA